CGUAUAGAAGGAAACUAAAUUGAUUAAAGAUAUAGCACACGCUUCAGUAACCUGCCAUAUUUAUGAAGAACACAGACAGGACAAUAUCGCCAGCAACCUUAGCAACCUCUCUCUCUCUUUCUCCUCUUCUCUCCCCUUCUCCUCUGACUCUUCACAAUGAUGGAUUCUGGGACUAGAAGAUCCUCUUGUGUCCUUUCUGCCAUCUUUAUCACAUUUUCUUGUCUUCGUUUUUCGUCCUCAUCAAAGACUCUGCAAACCUCUACAACGAAGAAGAACGUCUGGGAGUCGACAAAAUGGCAAAGGAGUGAUUGCAACAGGUAUGAAGGAAGUUGGGUUCAAGACACUUCGUAUCCUCUCUACAAUUCAUCAGCCUGCCCUUUUAUCCGCAAGGAAUUUGACUGUCAAAAAUAUGGUCGCCCUGAUCACCUCUACCUUCAAUAUAGAUGGCAGCCUAGUGCCUGUGACUUGCCCAGGUUCGACGGUAUAGAUUUCUUGGAGAAGUUGAAGGGCAAGAAGAUAAUGUUUAUAGGGGACUCUGUUAGUGUCAACCAUUACGAGUCACUGUUAUGCUUGCUUCAUGCAGCCGUUCCUGAUGCCAGGAUCACAACGCAGACGAGUAACUCGACUAACACAGUGACAUUCCAGGAUCAUGGUGUAUCAAUAUCGGUGUUUGAAACUCACUACUUAGUAGACAUUGAACAAGAACAAAUCGGCCGAGUAUUAAAACUUGAAUCGAUUAAGGAUGGAAACAAAUGGAAGGAUAUGGAUGUUUUAGUGUUCAAUACUUGGCUUUGGUGGUACCGGAGAGGACCGAAGCAACCAUGGGAUUAUGUUCAAGAAGGACAGAGUAUACUUAAGGACAUGGACCGUAUGGAGGCUUUUCGGAAAGGUUUAACAACUUGGGCAAAAUGGGUCGAUUCGGAUGUCGAUACGAGUAAAACAGUUAUUUUUCAGGGAAUAUCUCCAUUUCAUUACCAUGGAGAGGAAUGGGACGAACCAGGAGUGACAAAUUGUGGAAAGGAGACAGAGCCAGUUAGCGGAUCAACUUAUCCUGGUGGUUCGCCAUUGGCAUUGCAAGUAGUAGAAGAUGUGUUAAGUACUAUAAAGAAACCUGUUCAUUUACUUAAUAUAACAACUCUUUCACAGCUGAGAAAAGAUGGACAUCCGAGCUCUUACAAUGGCUUUAAGGGCAUGGAUUGUACUCAUUGGUGUGUUGCAGGAGUUCCAGAUACUUGGAAUGAACUUCUCUACACAGCUAUUACCAGUUAGAAGAAAAUACACAUUUUAGUUACACAUAUUCUGUAGCACAGCCAUUGAAACUAGCCUGCUAGAUGUCAUCAGUCUCGUGAAAUAAUGCACACAAUAUGGAAGCAAAUUUCUUGAUAUAGCCUGUCUUUUCUGUAAUUUUUUCCUAAAUGGAAGAAUAGUUUCACA